AUGAACUUAUUCCAAGUGGAUGGUUGGGAUUUGAAGGAGAAGAAGAUUGCCUUUGGUGGUGCUUCGACCAAACCUUCGAAAAAGAGUAAAAAGAGAGCCAGAAAGGAGGAACAUUUGAAGAAGCGUAGUUUGAGAGAUGAGAUUGAAAAGGAAAUGCAAGAGACUGAAUUUGAUGAAGGGGAUGAAGAUGAAGAGGAAGAAGAGGAGAAACCUGUAGAAAGAAGUGUAAAGAAGGCAAAGAUUGAGGGUGAAAAGCAGCAAAAGAAAAAUGAUGUAGAUGGUGUUAAGAAGGGUGAAACAAAGAAGACUGACACUUUAAAAAAAGCUGACACUUUGAAGAAGACUGACACUUCAAAAAAAGAAUCAGCACCAGCUGCCGCUGUUGCUGUGCCUGCACCUGCACCUGCUAUGAAAUUAACUCCAUUACAACAAAAAAUGAUGAAUAAACUCUCAGGUUCAAGAUUCAGAUGGAUUAAUGAACAACUUUAUACAAUCACAUCUCAAGAUGCUCUCCUGCUUAUUAAAGAUCAACCAUCACUUUUCGAUGAAUACCAUGACGGGUUCAGAUCGCAGGUUCAAUCCUGGCCCGAGAACCCCGUCGAUGUUUUUGUGGAACAAAUCAAAACUAGAGCUCGCACCAGAGUGGUUAAUGCUCCUGGAGGGCUCCCUGGGUUGGGUGCAAACAAAAAAGUUGUUAUUGCCGACAUGGGAUGUGGAGAGGCCAACUUGUCACUUCAAGUAUCUCAAUUUUUGACCGCCCACAACAAAAAGGCUGGUAAAAACCCUAGAAAGAGACUUGAUGUACAAGUACAUAGUUUUGAUUUGAAAAAGGUCAACAACAGAAUCACCGUAGCUGACAUCAAGAACGUGCCAUUACCAGAUGAAUCGUGUACCAUUGUUGUUUUUUGUUUAGCUCUUAUGGGUACCAAUUUCUUAGAUUUUAUUAAGGAAGCCUACAGAAUUCUUGCUCCUCGUGGAGAAUUAUGGAUUGCAGAAAUUAAAUCCCGAUUCUCCGACUCCAAUAGUACCAAAAAGGAUGCCCAAGUGGGGACUGAGUUUGUAGAUGCAUUGAAAUUGUGUGGAUUUUUCCACAAAAAGACUGACAAUGAAAAUAAAAUGUUUACAAGAUUUGAGUUUUUCAAGCCUCCUCCAGACAUCAUCCAGGAACGUAAGGAGAAGCUCGAGAGAAGACAGAAGUUUGUGGAGGUUGAGCUGGAACGUGAACAGCUUGAAGAGAAGAGAAACAAGCGUCCUGAAGGGGAAUGGUUGUUGAAGCCAUGCAUUUACAAAAGAAGAUAA